AAACAUUCAUGAAGUAAUCAAGGCAACACCACAUGUAUGUUUUUGAAGAAAAAAAUACCAUUAUGACCUCAUGCAACAUUCAGUCGAUUUUACAAAACACUGUCACUUUAAAGAUUCAUAUAUUAUCCUGGAGUUAAUUGGAGAAGAAUAUCAACACCAGCAUAUCGUGUACCCUAGGUAAUUUUCAGUGAUGACAGUGGAUAAUAUUACUUAAUCAAAAUGCUCACUGUACGCGCACUUAGCUGCCUAAAAUGACUCACUUUCUGUCGGGGACAUUCAGUUUUUUUCCCUCCCUCUCUUUUCUUUGUCCUCCUCGUUUCUCUCUUUUUCCACCAUUUGGUCGUUUUGACCCGAUGUUUAACCAAACCAAAACAAAAGCUAAGCAGGAAGCCAUGGCAGCGCACACACAUGAAAAUAUUCUGCACACAUGGAAAUCAGGUUUGCGUUUUCUUCUCUUUUGAGCCAAUUAAUCAUUCGUGUGCGCGCAGCCAGCUCUCUGACACAUAAAUAAAAGUAACUGCAGCUAAAAUUGCUUGUUUGUGAAGCCACUGGUGCAGCCGUGUGUGUGGGAGCCACAAAAACCUAAAGUGACAGGUAAACAGCAGAGGAGCGUCAGUCCGCUCUCAGACUGACACACGCACAGCAGCGGAGGAACACAACCUGCCCGCACGACUCAGUCAGCACCGACCACCGACUCCUCUCUACGGCGUCCAGAGUGGACAAAUUCAGCCUUUAUUUAACGGGUUGAAGCAACUUCUGCUGAAGUGUCCAAAGAUAUUCCUUUCCGCCUCCAAGCUCCGAGGUUUCCUUCUUGCUGGCGUGCAGGAAUUAUCCGCGCUCCGCCGGACUUAUGAUCGACCAGCGAUUCACGACUUCUCCUCUCCCGCUGAGAAAGCUGCAGAUCGGGACUGUGGCGCUGUGCUGAUGGACCCGGGCUCCGGCAGCUCGGCGGUGCUCUUUGCAGAAAAUGUUUUGCUUAAACGCAGAGCUGACUGAGUGAUGGCGACAAAACUGCAUCAGGUCAAAGACUGGUCCUCCGCACGCUCCGAAGGGUGAUAGCAGAGCUGCUCUCUGCUGAAGGAAUACUUUCCCAGUUUUGACUUGAUGCAUUCAAGCCCUCGCUUGUUAACGAUGGAUCUGAAAGUGGAGCCGGAAGAACUGGAUUCGAACCAGCCUCCACCCAUAGAAGUUUUUGCGCACAGCUCGACCCUGCACGGAAUCUCCCACAUCUUCACCUACGAGCGCUUCUGGAUCAAACGGUUCCUGUGGCUCGUCUUCUUCCUGGCCUCGCUGACUUUCCUGCUCUACGUGUGCGUGGAUCGGAUCCACUUCUACCUCGAGUACCCGCACGUCACCAAGUUGGACGAGGUCUCGACUCCGGUCAUGACGUUCCCGGCGGUGACCUUCUGCAACCUGAACGCGUUCCGCUUCAGCCAGCUGACCCGCAACGACCUCUUCUAUGUUGGGGAGCUGCUGGCCCUGCUCAACAACAGGUAUGAGAUCAGGGACAUACACCUGGUGGAGGAGAGUGUUCUGGAGAGCCUGAAGCUCAAAACCGACUUCCAGAACUUCAAGCCGAGACCUUUCAACAUGCGGGAAUUCUACGACCGCACCGGCCACAACCUCAACGACAUGCUGCUGUCCUGCCACUUCCACGGCACAGAGUGCAGACCGGAGCACUUCAAAGUGGUCUUCACUCGCUACGGGAAAUGCUACACCUUCAACGCCGGUGGAGAUGGGAGUCCUCCGCUCAUCACCACCAAGGGCGGCAUGGGAAACGGACUGGAGCUCAUGCUGGACAUCCAGCAGGAUGAAUACCUGCCAGUCUGGGGAGAAACAGAUGAGACUUCCUUUGAAGCUGGGAUCAAAGUUCAGAUACACAGUCAGGAGGAGCCGUCCUUCAUCGACCAGCUAGGAUUUGGUGUUUCACCAGGAUUCCAGACGUUUGUGUCCUGCCAGGAACAGCGGCUCAUAUAUCUUCCUCCGCCCUGGGGGGACUGUAAGGUGACGCCCAUGGAUUCAGACUUCUUCGACACUUACAGCAUCACCGCCUGCCGCAUAGACUGCGAGACGCGCUACCUGGUGGACAACUGCAACUGCCGCAUGGUGCACAUGCCUGGCGACGCUUCCUUCUGCACCCCCCAGAUGUACAAAGAGUGUGCUGACCCAGCUCUUGGUAAGGAAGGUUACCGUCCUGCAGUGAUGCACUUCAGAACAUGUUUGCAUUUUAAGGAUUCAGAAUGCACCACCAAAGCACUUUCUCUCACUCUGACUUUAGUUUUUAGGUUGUUUGUUUAUGAGAUAGACCCAAAUGAAAUGGAAGGAUAACUUUAUUUUAAAAAA